AUGGCAGGACCUCUGUAUUCUCUCUUAACACAAAAUGUUGAGUUUGAAUGGACACCAACUUGUGAAGAGGCAUUUUCAAAACUUAAAGGAGCCUUAACCCAGGCUCUUGUGCUUAAAGGACCUAAUUGGUCUCUUUCUUUUCACAUUCACACAGAUGCAUCAGAUUUUUCAAUUGGAGCAGUCUUGGGGCAGAAACAAGGAGUUUUGGAGAAUGCAAUUUACUAUAUCAACAAAAAUUUGCAAGGACAUGAGCUAAAUUAUACUGAAUUUGACAUCACUAUCAUUGACAAGCCAGGUAAGGCAAAUGUAGUGGUAGACUUUCUGUCCAGAAUUCAAACACAGGAUAGUCCUGGAGCCAUUGAUGAUUCCUUUCCAGAUGAGCAUUUGUUUUCAAUUAAUGUGAACAUUCUAUGGUAUGUUGACAUAGCUAACUACUUGGCAGCUAACAAUAUUCCUCCUUAUUUCUCGCUAAAAGAAAGAAGGUUGCUGGUAGAAAAGAGUUUCAAUUUUUCAUGGAUAGUGGAUUGCUUAUUCUAUACAAGGCUAUAUCAAGUUAUGAGGCGAUGUGUUAGCGAAGAUGAAACUUAUGAUAUCCUUCAUUCCUCCCAUGAUAAGCCUUGUGGGGGUCACUUUGCUGCCAAGAGAACAACUCUCAAGAUACUGACUAUAGGAUAUUAUUGGCCGACUUUGCACAAAGAUGCAGUCAAGUAUACUAGGAAAUGUGAUAGAUGUCAGUGA